UCUCUCUACCUACUUUCAUUCGCAGCUGCUGCAGUACGCGUGUAUACUGUUUCCGCGCAGCAACUCCGAGGGCGCUCCGUUUCUCAUCGUCGUCCCGUGCUAAGGCUGUGUCGACUGUAUUAUAAUAUACGAUAAAAACGCGUUUUAAUAAUAUUAUUAUCGUUCGUCUCGCCAUCCCGUGACAAAUUGUUUCCGCCGAUCACAAUUAUUAGGUAUCGUGUACACGGCCCGCGCAGGUAAAACGCUACCGUCGAUCGGUCAAAAAAAGAAUAACAAAUAACGGAAAUCUGCCGCCGCUGCAGCAGUGCGACGGUGACGGUGUGCGUUCGUGGACCGCGGUUUCUCGUUCCUUCGCGGCGAUCCCUAAUAACAUUAUACCUCGGUAUACUCUCGCCGGUAUAGGUAACCCCCCCGUACCCCAUAACGACAACAAUAAUAUUAUUGUUAUUGUAACGUCGUCGCGAUCUCUCGGUCGGCGUCGGCGUCCGCCGUCAUCGCGCGCCCGUUCCACAUUACAGUAGUCAGUCGUAGCCGCUGCUAUAGCUCGUCGUCAUAAUAAUAAUAAUAAUAAUAUAAUAACAGCCGGUCAGCGGUUUCCCGACGGAUUUCGCGUGGAUUACAUCGCCGCGACACUGCGACACGAGCAGUACUAGCAGCAAGUCUCAUGCCGCGUCAGUCGGCCGCACUUAACGCGUUUGACAUGCGCUCAUCGACGGACGUUUUCCAUUCACCCACGACGAUGGAGAAAUGUGUGUGGAACGUAAAGAACAGGCCUUUGAUAUUUCUGUUUAUUUUACUAUUGGUCCUCUCAGUAAUAGGAGCAUUGAUUUACUUCACCACAGACAUAUUCCAUAAGGCUCAAGCAGUAAAAUACGAACCCUUAGAGUUUCAUCAACUUCUUAGUGGCACCUACGAACCUAAUUUAUUCAACGGGACAUGGGUCCAAGGUGAUGAAAUAUUGAUGAAAGACGACAAAGGAGAUAUUGUACUGUUUAAUGUAAAGCAUUUAAACACGACAGUUAUAGCAAAAUAUGAUACAAAAAAUGUUAGAAACAGUUUUCAAUACGAUCUUUCUGCCGACAAACAAUUCCUGCUUUUGGCUUAUCGCUACAAAAAAGUUUUCAGGCACUCGUUUACGGCUUUUUAUGAUAUAAUCAACAUUAAAACAGGAGAACAAUUCACGUUACAAAACCAGGACUCUGCUAACCCUUGGGAUUUACAAUUGGUCAAGUGGUCGCCCGUUGGUCACAGUUUAGCGAUCGUGAAUCAUAACAACGUAUAUUACAUACCAGACAUUACUAAUCUGACGAGCACCAUACAGUUGUCAUUUACGGGUGGCUCAGAAUUGUAUAAUGGCAUUCCUGAUUGGGUAUAUGAGGAGGAGAUAAUUAGUUCGAACAGCGCCAUGUGGUUUUCGAAGCAAGGGACCCGGCUGGCGUACGCGUCGUACAACGACUCAUUGGUGCCCACGAUGCAAAUGCCCGUGUAUGGUACUCCGGGCAACUUGGCUUACCAGUACCCGAAUAUUGUCAGUGUUCAUUACCCAAAGGUUGGUGUAAACAACCCAACGGUAGAAUUGUUCGUACAACGUCUGGAUGUGAUUGGUGAAAAACCAGAACCCAUACUCGUCGAGCCACCAAAAGAAUUGACUUCAGUCACUAAAGAUAUUAUUCUAUAUACGGUCCAGUGGUCAGACGAUACAAAUCUAUUUACAUUUUGGAUGAACCGAGUACAAAAUAAAACAUAUUUAGUUCAUUAUUCGGUGGUCGAUUCUGCAGAGAGUAUUAACGUAGUGACAUUCAGUCAAUCCGGGGGAUGGUGUGAUUUAUCACAAUUACCAUUGAUGGACAACGAGCAACGCCUGGCAAUAUUAUAUCCCGUGAAACAAUCGAACGGAGAUAAUUUCAAGCAUAUAGUCGUGGUGGAAGCCAAUGGCAAACUGACUCCAAUAACGAGUGGAAAAUUUGAAGUACUCGUUCUUUUGAAGUGGGACGUCCAGUCAAAUUACAUUUACUAUUUGGCUAACACAGAAGAAAAUCCCGAAGAACAGUAUCUCUACCGGGUGUUAGUUAAAGAACAAAGUUCACCAGAAUGUAUGUCGUGCAAGACGGAAUGUAAAUAUAACUUAGCGAUGAUGAGCGUGGAAAACGAAUAUUAUACGCUAACAUGCCAGGGUCCAAACGUGCCAGAAGUCAAAAUAUUUAAAACGACUGGUGAAAAGGUAUUAGAUUGGGAAACGAAUGAACACCUUAAAGAUGUAUUAUCUACCAUUACUCUGCCUCGAGUAUCGUUCAUCGACGUGCCAAUCGGUAACGAAUUUAAGGCUCGCGUUCGACUUAUACUACCGCCAGCCGUCGACGAAAGUGCGGACAUCAAAUUUCCACUGUUGGUCAACACUUAUGCCGGUCCCGGAUCGAAUUUGGCUCUCAACACGUAUUCGAUAGAAUGGAAUAAGUAUUUUAGUUCUAACAAAAAUGUGAUCAUCGCUCAAAUCGAUGGCCGCGGUUCAGGAAGAAGGGGUGAUAGAAAUUUGUUCGCUAACUACCGGAAAUUGGGAACCUACGAAAUCGAAGACCAAGUAUUCGUCACGAGUUAUCUCCAGGAUCGAUUUUCCUUUAUUGACAAAUCAAAAACGGCAAUUUGGGGUUGGAGUUAUGGUGGUUAUUCGGCUGCUAUGGCCUUAACUAAAGACGACAAAAAUGUGUUCAAAUGUGGAUUAUCCGUAGCUCCUGUUACCGACUGGAUAUACUACGACUCAAUGUAUACGGAACGGUACAUGGGACUGCUUACAGAAAACGUUAGUGGUUACAAAAACGCCAGUCUAUUGAAAAACGCCGAGAAACUUCGCGACAAAAAAUAUAUGGUCAUACAUGGCACGUACGACGAUAACGUUCAUUAUCAACAAUCCAUGAUGCUUUCCUAUGAACUGGAACGAAGAGUAAUACUUUUCAGACAGCAAACUUAUCCAGACGAAUCGCACGGUUUAUCAAGCGUUCGCAAUCACGUGUAUCAAACAAUAGGUUCAUUUUUAUUGGAUUGUUUCAACGACAGGUUGUGAUCUCAAUAACUACGAUUGUUAACAGACAUUAUAUUAUUUUUUUUUAAAUUUAUUAUUGUUUUAUUUGAAAUAUUAUAAUAUUUGUCUUGUAUCAGAUUCUACGAAUCAUCAUUUAAUUGAUUUUUUUGUUUAUUUUUUAUUUAUUUAUUCUCUUGAAUAUACUUAAACCCUAAAUUUUGGUUAUCAUAAAAAAAAUACACCUACUUAAUACAUUUAA